AAAACACAUGAAGGACAAAAACUAAAAAAGUAAACAAAUCUGAUAAACUCAAAGAGUUUCCCUGUGAAUCAUUUAAUCAAUGAACAAUGCCAUCCUUUUGCGUCGUUUCGAAUUGUGAAUACAAGUACGCGUCUGCGGCAAACAUUUCCUUUCACAAAUUUCCAUUAAAUUCUCCCGAACUGCUGAAGAAAUGGAUUGAAUUUACAGAUAGGGGACCCGAUUGGUUUCCAUCCAAGUGGAGUUCCAUUUGUAGCAGACAUUUUCUACCGUCAGAUUUUCGCAUUCAACAUUUACGAAAAUGCUUAAAGCGAACAGCCGCUCCAUCGGUCACUAUGAAAAGUCUGGACUUCAGUUCGAUACCGGCCAACGAUUUCAGCGAAAACCAUUACAAAGUGAAGAGAAUCGUUUGCCGUUUAUGUGCGAAAGGUGGAACCGAAGAUCAAUCGAAAAGUAUUCUGGAAUUGGGUUCGACUUUGGUCAAAUGUCUACCAACUAUUCGACUGAGCAUUUUGGAACAUUUACCGAACGAAGUGUGUGGCGACUGCAUAAAAAAAUUAAUUCAAUAUUCGUUGUUCAUCGAUCGUGUGGCAUCGGUUCAAAAGGACUUUUUCGGCAUCAAUGCAGAUGAAACGGAUGGUCAAUCGACAACGAAACCGAUGAUCAUCAAGCAAGAGCCCAUUGCGAACAUUAAGCAAGAAAUUUUCGAAUUCAAUAAGUCAACGAGAAACGUCGACGACUUUUUUCCACAAAGCUCCAGCGCACAAGACUAUUAUACGGACGGCGAGAGUGAUGCAUAUUGCGAGUUCUGUGACUUCUUUUUCAUAAACAACGUCGAGUUAAAGAAUCACAUUGUCGACUGUCAUUCCGAUAAUCAAUGCAAUCCACGAGAACGGGCCAACAAUUGUGAAAUCAUGGAAAUCAUAACAUUGGAGAACGCUGCAUUCAUCGAUUUAGAUGAAAAUUGCGUCGAGGAGAAUACUGCGCCACAGUUGCAACGUGUAAUGAAAGUGGAAGAAACUCCCGACGUCGAUCGUCAGGAUGUGUUAAUCCAAACCAUUUCAGCAGAACACAGUUAUGCAAGUAUGUUGACUACAAUCAGUGAGGGACACACUUCCAUUGUUCGUAAUCUCAAACAGGAAGAAAUGAAUGUCCAAGUCAAAUCGUUUAUUCAACCUAAACAAGUGGAACCACCGUCUGUGAAUGAAAUUGAACCAGAGGAUGGCAUGUCAAUGGAACCAAUACACUACGAAACUGUUGAAACUGAACCAUUGAAGGAAACAAGCUGUGACAAGCUCGAAAGUGAAACUUUGCUAAACGGGCAAACGGUUCACGUGCCGAAGACCAAAAUUUGCCCCAUUUGUACAGCGCAUUGUCGAACGAUAUACCACUAUUUCAUGCAUCGCAGCAAAUAUCACAAUUGGAGCAAGAAAACUCGCCGUCCCAAACGCCGAUUAUACUUCAAGUGCUCUGACUGUUCGAAGAUGUUCCUGUCGAAAUUCGCAUUCGACAAUCACAAUCGAUAUUCGUGCUCCAGUUUACGUUUUAAGUGUUCGAUUUGCCAUCUGGAAUUCAGUUCGGGCAUGUCGAUGUUGAUUCAUAAAAGAAUUUGUAAGGUGCUGAUGGCCAGGUCAUUCGAACAGAGCGACAAUAAUACCAAAGGCAACCGAAGGAUGAAAUUGGAUUCUUAUAGAAAAUUGGUCAACUCUAUUGGAAGACAGGGCCAAAUUGUUUCUCAGCAGGCACCUGGUCGACCCACCAAGUCGGUUCAUCAUCACCGACAUCGUACACGAGAUAAAAAUGACAUUCGCAUAACGCAUGUGGUCGUUUCAUCGGCCAACGCAACAGAAAGUUUUCGGCCUAACAAACGCGGGGGAAAGAGGAGAGAUAUAGAUCCAUUACAACCUUAUACAAAACAUGGUUGUACCAAGGACUGCAUGUCUGCAUGCGACAAGCAAUUAAAAGUUACCAAAAACAAUAAUACACAGCAUGGCCUUACUCGCAUAGCAGACUCGCCACAACUAUACGCUUGUAACAUAUGCAAUAAACAGUUUCGCAUCAAAAGUUACCUGUAUCAGCACCUAGUCACACACGACAAUGAACGAAAACAUAAAUGUAACAUGUGUACAAAGGAGUUCAAAAGAUUGGCUGGGCUGAAUCAGCAUAUUCGAGGAUACCACUACAAAAUUAAGCCACACGAAUGUACCGUUUGUAAGCAUAGGUUUGCUUUAAAAGGAGAUAUGCGCAGAUGUAGACAUUCAACUUUGCAAAAUAAAACAUAAAAACAAC